GAAUGCUUCCAUACAAGUCACACAGCACGUGCUUGAAGCUGUGCAGGAGAAUUACAGCCAGCGCUGGCCGGGCAGUGAGGCUUCUUUGAACACAUCCAUCCAGGUAUUCAUAUCGUGCCCGAGGCACGCCGAGGCUACAAAUAGGGACCCGGAGGAUUUACCCGGGCCGACGUCAUGAGCCUUUAGUCAGGAAGCUCCCCCCUAUCAAAGUGCCUCCACAUGUUAAGCGAUCUACUUGGCUGCUUCUCGAAGAGUCGUUCUCAUUGGAGCCCAUGCCCCGCGCUCUGUCGCGCGUUCAAGACGCGUCCUUGAACGUCCCUAAAAGUGCCCAUUGGUUUGGCUAGUCUUCGCUAAUAACCGUACAUACAUCGAAACAACGUAUUCCUACACGGGUAUUUGAAUACUUACAACAUGCGGGAUGGCACAUACAGAUGCUCGAGGUUUGUACCGCACACGUUUCAUGGCUCCGUGUUCUAAUUCGCAGUCCAGGAUCCGCCGAGCGACCUCUUCAAGGUGUCGUACUGUGCUUCACCUCGAUUGGGCCAGAUGAACGGGUGCGCAGAAUCAGAUGCAGCCAUCAACACCAUGUAACUGACCUUGCUCAUAGACCCGAUAUGCGGACCUGGCCAUCCAGAUGGGAGCAGAACAUAAGCUGGACCUCACCUCAGAUACAACCCACCUGAUUGUCGGCAGCACGGAUACGGCGAAGUACCAGUACGUUGCGAGAGAACGAGAAGAUAUAAAGGUCUUAAGGCCGGAAUGGGUCGAAGCGGUUCGAGAACUAUGGAUCACCGACUCACCCCUAAACCUCGAUGCACUCGCCCGGGACUAUCGUAUGCCAACCAUGGCCGGCUUGAAAAUAUGCAUUACAGGUUUCGACGACCUCUCCUUUCGCGCCCAGCUACAACGAAAUGUCGUCGAAAACGGCGGGGAAUACACCGGUGACUUGACGAAGGAUGUGACGCAUUUGAUUGCAGCUAAGCCUGAAGGCAAGAAAUACGAAUAUGGCAUGUCAUGGCAGAAGAAGGUGGUCAGCCUGAAAUGGUACAAGGACACUCUCGAGCGAGGCAUGCAGUUGGACGAAAAAUUAUACCAUCCGACCCUCCAAGUUGCAGAGCAAGGGGUCGGUGCUUGGAAUCGACGACCUCAGCGCUCCCCUCGACCAGUUAAGCGUGCUCGAGGGGAAGAUGCCGCUCCUGAACCGUCCAGGAAACUUCGACGGAUUGCGAGUGCCAGACUUGGGAGCCAGACUCAGAAUAUGUGGACCGACAUUGUGGGUGGUGCAGGGUUCGAAGCUGAUCCAGUGGACCGUCCACAGCUGAAGCUUUCCACAUCUAUGCCCUCUUUGAGGCAAGACGAUGCCUCAAUGCAGCAAGCUGGAUCUGGUGUGAGCACCCUCACCACUGGCGAAGGUCAAAAGGACGCAGACUUUCUUGCUGGCCAACAUUUCAUACUCAGAGGCUUUGAUGAGCGGAAGGAUGGUAUCGUACGCCAUAUCAUACAAGGCAAACAAGGGACAAUCAUCGGCGCUGAAGAAUGGGGUACACCCCCCCCGAGCAACACGUUAUUAAUGCUGCCUCAUGAUUUGAGGAAGAAAGCCCGAGAUGCAGAUCCGGCUGUUAUUAUUCUAGGUUUGCGGACUGUAUCUGAGCUAUGGCUGGAACGAUGCAUGUUGGAGAACAGGUUCAUUGACCCUGACAACUACCCUCUGGGACUCUUUCCUGGGCCCUGUUCGACUGUCCUUUCAUCCAUCCUCGUCAACGUAAGUGGCUUUCUGGGACUGGAGACUUUGCAUAUCUCGAAAAUGGUCAGCGCACUCGGAGGUAAAUACACCGAGCACUUUGCAGCUGGAGUGUCCGUACUUGUGGUCAGACAGGGCAGUCAUAACGCGCAAAAGCUUGCCGGGGCAAAGGAAUGGGGCAUUCCUGUCGUAUCUGAAGAAUGGCUGUGGUCGACCAUCAGGAGUGGGAAAAGGGCGCCUUUCGCAACCUAUCUUCUCCAGCCAAUUCGCGCGCAAAGAGCGCAGGCCAAACAACAGACUAGGCAGAAACCUAGGGCUCCUGAUGACUACGUGGAAGUGGGCACGGUUCCGCUACGACCAGAGGAAAGGGAGCGUCAAGCCCGCUCAAGAAGCAAGUCUUAUCAAGGCGAAAAGGAUCUACAGAGCAAGCUCCGAAGUGCAGUGAGAAGCAAGGAUGCCCCUGUUCGGAUACAUCGAGAUGCAACCGACAACGCUAUCCGAGAAGCCGAGGAGACCAUGCUUGCCUUAGAUGAUGAGGAUUCGUUCGGAUGCAACGAGACAGUGGGAACUUCAUUUGUGCAGGAGGAUCUUCGGCUCCAGGCGGUAUCGUCAAACUCUUCAGGCAAGAAUCACAACAACGUGGAAAUGAAAAGAACCGUAAUGCCACCGUUAGACGGCAAUGUGAGCGUGCAGGAAACAAAAGGCGACGAAAAUGUACAAACAAGUGGGCACGACGACAAGUCCAGCAGUAUCCAAGCACUUAACGGAGCGAUUCGCGACUUUCUCGAUUCGGGUAUUCGGAAGAAGCCCGCUGGCGACAGUGAAAAGCCUGCGAAGAAAGGCAGGCUUUUUGGACGAGCACUCAGCAAUUUGUCUAAUGGUUCGGCAUCAUCCCAUCCGAGACAAUCAAGGGCGAGCUCCAUCGACAGUAUGAACACAGACGGAGUGGGAAGUGAAAUUGCAUCUGUGCCGUCUGAGCGUCCGGCGGGCGGAGCUGGCUCGACCGGGGAAAAAGGUACGUUCAGCUUUACUGGGAAAGCGAAAACGACGAUGACCGGCGGCAUCACGCCUCUUUUGCUGGGCAUGCAUGACCUCGACAUGCCCCACAACAGUAACCAGCGAGAGGAAGAAACACCGCGGUUGACGCAGCUGGGGUAUGAGGACCCGGAAGAAGCAGUUCUGCUGAGGGAGAAAUUGGCCGCCUCCAGAAGGAGAAAGUCGAAGUUGGGACAAAAUGAGGACGACCCGAAGCCUGCUGCGGUGAGAGCCAAGCCUGAGAGGAAGUUACGCGAUGAUGAUAUACUGAGCAGCGCCGGCUGGGGUGCUGGUAGGAGGACAAGGCAAAAGCAGAAGAGCCCGCCUGAUCAGGGGAUCAAAGAUUUUUGAAUACUACCUUUGAUCACAAUUGGAUUGACAGCCUUUUUGAUCUGAGUUUUGCUUCAUUCCAUAUAAGACUGG